ACCUUAUAUUGUAAUAUUAUAUAAGGCUUUAUAAAAAUAUCAUAAAGAAAAAGGGAAAUAUCCAUCAACAUUUUAAGAGAAACAUAAAGAUUUUAUGUAAGUUAUUAAGAGUCUAUGUGGUUAACUUGAAUUUUAAUAUUAAGGAAAUUUUUAUGAGGCAAUAGAAAACAUAGAUUAAGCAUUUGAUAAUGAUAAUUGGAAGAAUUGUCUUGAAUAGAUAGAAAUAGAGUAAAAUGAUGGCGAAGGGUAUAAAUAUAAAUUUAGUACAUUAAUAUCAGCUCUUAGAUAAUUUGUAUUAAUUCAUGGAGCUCCUCCUUUAGGUAAAGCAUUUCCAGAUAUGAAAUGUUUUACUUAGACAUAUGUACAUUUAAAAAAUAAUAUAUAUGGAAUUAAAGUGGAGAAAGAUUUUUAAAUAUUUAAAGAUCUUUGUCAAAAUAAAGUAGAUGAUGAAACAAUAAGAUUAUUUAUUGAGAAUAUCUAAGAAUUAAAAACAAUAAAUUUUCGUAGUAUUUAAUAAGAAUUAGAUUAACCUAAUUAAGUAGAUGAUUAUGAAAAUGAUUGUUACAUCUGGUAUAUACUAUUGAGAUCAGUAAAUGAGUAUUAUCGAAUAAAUACAAAAUGGCCAAGUUAAAAUUAAGAUGAUAUUUAAUAAUUAAAGGAAAUAGUAGAAAUAUAAUGUAAAUUGGUUGGAGUAGAUAAUGUUCCUUAAUCAUAUAUUUAAGAGAUCUGUAGAUAUGAAGGAUCUAAAUUACAUAUGAUUGCAUCAGUAUUAGGAGGAAUGGCAUCUCAAGAAGCUGUAAAAUUAAUUACCAAUCAAUUUGUUCCUAUUAAUAAUACAUUAAUAUAUGAUGGUUUAAAAAGUGAAGCAUCCAUAUUUGAAUUCUGAUUUAUCAAAAAAAUAAC